AUGUAUGAACCUCUUCGUUAUCCAAGUGGAGAGGAAUAUCCCUUCUGGGCCGAAGCUUUUGGAUGGGGUCUUUCUGCUUGCUCAAUUGUUGUUAUUCCUGGUUAUAUGCUCUACUAUUGUUUUAACUCUAACGAUUCUAGAGGCCCAUUUACGAGAUUUCGCAAAGGAAUGGAUCCGCCGAGUGAAUUGGAAAUCUGA